CGCUGACAUUGCCGCACACACAGCUGUGGUUGUUUCGAGAGUCGCACUAUUGCAAAAUAUCCAGAAGUUUGUCAGAUACAACUGGACGAGGAGCAUCAAAAUGGCCUUCAAUAAGCUGAGCAUCGAGAAUCUGGAUCUGGAGGGCAAGCGCGUCCUUAUGCGCGUGGACUUCAAUGUGCCCAUCAAGGAAGGCAAGAUCACGAGCAACCAGCGCAUUGUCGCUGCCGUCGACAGCAUCAAGUUGGCGCUGACCAAGAAGGCCAAGUCCGUGGUCUUGAUGUCCCACUUGGGUCGCCCCGAUGGCAACAAGAACCUCAAGUACACCCUCGCUCCCGUUGCCGAGGAGCUGGGCAAACUGCUCGGCCAGAGCGUGACAUUCCUCAACGAUUGUGUGGGCGCUGAAGUCGAGGCUGCUUGCAAGGAUCCCGCUGCCGGUUCCGUCAUUCUGCUCGAGAACGUGCGCUUCUACCUCGAGGAGGAGGGCAAGGGCGUUGAUGCCAGCGGUGCCAAGGUUAAGGCUGAUCCCGCCAAGGUCAAGGAGUUCCGUGCCAGCCUCGCCAAGCUCGGCGAUGUCUAUGUGAACGAUGCCUUCGGCACUGCACAUCGUGCACACAGCUCCAUGAUGGGUGAUGGCUAUGAGAAGCGCGCAGCUGGUCUGCUGCUCAACAAGGAGCUCAAGUAUUUCUCACAGGCUCUCGAUAAGCCACCAAAUCCCUUCUUGGCCAUUCUGGGUGGUGCCAAGGUCGCUGACAAAAUCCAACUGAUUGAGAAUCUGCUCGAUAAGGUCAACGAAAUGAUCAUUGGCGGUGGCAUGGCUUUCACCUUCCUGAAGGUGCUGAACAACAUGAAGAUUGGCGGCUCCCUGUUCGAUGAGGAGGGUUCCAAGAUUGUGCAGAACCUCGUGGAGAAGGCCAAGAAGAACAAUGUUCAACUGCAUCUGCCUGUUGACUUUGUGUGUGGCGACAAGUUCGCUGAGGAUGCCGCUGUCAGCGAGGCCACCGUCGAGGCUGGAAUUCCCGAUGGCCACAUGGGCUUGGAUGUGGGUCCCAAGACCCGUGAGCUCUUCGCCGCGCCCAUUGCGCGUGCCAAGCUCAUCGUCUGGAAUGGACCUCCCGGUGUCUUUGAGUUCGCCAACUUUGCCAAUGGCACCAAGUCCAUUAUGGAUGGCGUUGUGGCUGCCACUAAGAACGGCACCGUCUCCAUCAUUGGUGGCGGUGAUACCGCCUCCUGCUGCGCCAAGUGGAACACCGAGGCUCUCGUGUCGCACGUCUCCACCGGCGGUGGCGCCUCGUUGGAGCUGUUGGAGGGCAAGACACUGCCAGGCGUUGCUGCUCUGUCCAAUGCCUAAGCAUCAUACUCUAUAUAUCCAUCUCUCUGAAUUAUUAUAACGUUAAUUGUUGCUGCGCUCCCUUGGCGCUGCUUGUAUUCUAAGCCCCAAAGUUCAAUAAAACGAAUCUUAAGUUAAA